ACGAUUAAAACAAAAAUCUUCUUUCCCGAGACGCCGGGUUCACUCUGGGGCAUUUCUUCCAUCCAUCGCCGCCGUCUCCCUCCACCUCCACCGCUUCUCGAUUUCCAUAAACUCAUUCUUCAAUCUCCUCCCUUCUAUCUUCCUCCCGAAUUUCUAAUGGAUCGCGAUUUUUCUCCUGCCGCUGCUGGUCCCUCCCUCGACGCUAUUUCGGACAGCUUGAAGAAUCAAUCUUUGGAGGAUGACAAUCGUAAUGAGGACAGUAACAGUCAAAAUAGGGUCAAUUUGAAGCUGGAAGAACUGAAAUGGGAUCACUCCUUUGUUCGAGAGCUUCCCGGCGAUCCAAUUACCGAUUUAACUCCACGAGAGGUAUUACACGCCUGCUAUACAACAGUUUUUCCGUCUGCAGAGGUUGAUAACCCUCAACUUGUGGCUUGGUCGGAGUCAGUUGCAGAGUUACUUGAUUUAGAUCCUCGAGAAUUCGAAAGGCCUGACCUUGCACAAAUAUUCUCUGGAGCUUCUCCUCUUGUUGGAAUAAUGCCUUAUGCUCAAUGCUAUGGAGGACAUCAGUUUGGAAUGUGGGCUGGGCAAUUGGGUGAUGGUCGAGCUAUUACGCUUGGAGAGAUUCUCAAUUCCAAGUCUGAGAGAUGGGAGUUGCAGCUUAAGGGUGCUGGGAGGACUCCAUACAGCCGAUUUGCUGAUGGUCUUGCAGUAUUGCGCAGUAGCAUCCGGGAAUUCCUCUGCAGUGAGGCAAUGCACAAUCUUGGAAUCCCAACAACUCGAGCAUUGUGUCUGGUGACAACUGGAAAAUAUGUUACCCGAGACAUGUUUUAUGAUGGGAAUCCAAAGGAUGAGCCCGGUGCAAUUGUUUGCAGAGUAGCUCAAUCCUUUCUUCGAUUUGGUUCAUACCAAAUACAUGCGACUAGAGAUGAUUUUGAUCUUGUUCACAAACUGGCCGACUAUUGCAUCAGACAUCACUUUCCCCAUUUAGAGAACCUGAGCAAAAGUGACACUCUGUCAUUUACCACUGGUGAAGGAGAUGAUUCAGUUGUGGAUUUAACUUCAAACAAGUAUGCCGCUUGGGCGGUCGAAGUUGCCGAGCUUACAGCCUCCUUAGUUGCCAAGUGGCAAGCAAUUGGAUUCACCCACGGAGUGUUGAAUACGGAUAACAUGAGCGUACUGGGACUUACCAUCGAUUAUGGUCCUUUUGGCUUCUUAGAUGCUUUUGAUCCGAGUUAUACCCCAAAUAUCACCGAUCUUCCUGGUAGACGGUACUGCUUUGCAAACCAACCCGACAUUGGCUCAUGGAACAUCGCUCAGUUUGCCACGACUCUCUCCUCUGCCCAGUUGAUUAACAAGAAGGAAACCGAUUAUAUUAUAGAGAGGUAUGGAACGAAGUUUAUGGAUGAGUAUCAAGCUUUAGUGACCAAGAAACUCGGUCUCCCCAAGUACAACAAGCAACUCAUCAGUGAUCUCCUGAAAAAUAUGGCGGUCGAUAAAGUUGACUAUACAAACUUCUUUCGUUUGCUUUCAAAUGUUAAAUCUGAUCCUGCCAUUCCAGAAGAGUCGCUUUUGGUUCCUCUGAAGGCCGUUCUGUUGGACAUUGGCAAAGAACGUCGCGAUGCUUGGACCUCCUGGGUGAAAUCUUACAUACAAGAGCUUGCUGAGAGUGACUUAUCCGACGAGGAGAGGAAAACAUCGAUGAACUCAGUGAAUCCCAAGUACAUACUUAGAAACUAUCUAUGUCAAAGCGCCAUCGACGCAGCAGAACUCGGAGACUUUGAAGAAGUUCGUCGCCUGCUAAAAGUCAUGGAACGGCCAUACGACGAUCAGCCUGGAAUGGAAAAAUAUGCUCGCUUACCGCCGGCUUGGGCUUAUCGUCCCGGAGUCAGCAUGCUCUCCUGCUCCUCUUAACUCUUAUGCAUCCCUCUCUCUAAUCACUGAAGAGACGAGCACACAAUGUAGAUACAAAUAGCAGCAGCAUUCAUUGUGUUUUUGCUCUGUAAUGUUUUAAAAGCUGUAGCCUUUACCACCUUCACAUAUUUGUUCGUUCUGUUAUAUGCACAUUUGGCUAUGAGAGAAAUCUAUUUAUAUGUUUCAGAAA